AAGUGGGCUCUUCCUCAGGACACUCCGAGGUAGCAGAUCCUGAGUUAGGCAAUUUUCCAAAACAUUACUUUGAACCAAAUGCGGAGGUAACAAACAUGAUCCUAACACUUCCUAAAAUUCAACUUUUUGAUGUCACUCAUUACGUAUGUGUGGACAAAAUAAAAGGAUAUCUCACUUACAAAAUGCCGCCAGGCAGCGUUCAUUUUGUACUAACGAAUAAGAGUCAAACUAAACUCAUUGGAGUGAUCAGGAAAUAUCAGUUGUGCCAAUUCUGUUCUGUUGAUUUCUUUAAAGACUCUAAGGAUCCACUUGAAGUAGUAUUGUCCGGGCAGGAAGCACUGAAUGUUAAGAUAGGAACCACUCUUGAUAAGCUGCUUCUAGAGUUUAAAGGUAUUGACUACUUGGCCCCGUACGUACGUAAGGUCGAAGUUUUCAAGCCGCACUCACCAAAUAUGAAGAAGACGCUUUAAGACAAUCAUCGCCUGUACUACUACACGGAGAGAAUUCAGAACUCUAACUGUGCUGAAUAAAUCAGCAAUGGUCUCGCUUCCAAACCUCAAACGCUAAAACUAACACAACCGUUAAAACCAUGGGUAAAACAUCCGGGAAGACAAAAAGGACAAAAGAUAUUUAUAACUUUCCGAACCCUUUUUAUAAGAAUUUGUCUUCUCUCAUGCCUUCUGUCU